AUGGCCUCCCCAAUCGAGACGCACUGCUCCGUGGCCGUGCCCAACGACCUCCAGACCCGCCUCCUCUCCGAGGUCUUCCCCACGCCCACGUACGGCCCGUCGGGCUCGUGGAGCCUCGGCUGCAGCUGCACCAUAGCCGCGCCGCUGGACACCUGCGUCGCCGUCGUCCUCGACGUCGACAAGUACCCCUCGUGGAACCGCUUCGUCCGCAAGGUAGACAUCAAGUCGUCGCCAGAGGGAACAACCGCCGACGACGCCCCAAAGGUUCCCGGCCCAGGCGUCCUCCGGCCCGGCACGCUCAUGCUCUUCGACGCCCACAUGGACCCCCGCAGCGGCGACGACGGCAAGAAGGGCGUCUCCUCCCCGGAGGAGGUGACUGUGCUCGAGCCCUUCGCCGCCGCCGCCGCCUCCUCUGCCUCCUCCGCCCCCGGUGACGAGCUGCAGGGCUGGCGCGUGGCGUGGAGGUCCCGCAUCUUCCCCGACCUCCUCCUCCGGAGCGAGCGCGUCCAGGAGUUCGUCGCCGGCCCGGACGGCGGCCAGACCUUCUAUUACUGCUGGCAGACGUACUACGGGCCCCUGGCUCCCGUCGUGAAGUGGGCCGUCGGGGCCAAGCUCGAGAAGGCCUUCGACGCGUGGAUGGAGGGCAUGCAGGGCGAGGCGGAGAAGAGGGCGGCGGCAUCUUCCCGCGUAGAAGCAGCAUUAUGA